CCCAAGUCGCUCUGGUCAGACCCGAAGCCGCUCCGUUCCGAACCCAGACCCCUCCGGUCCGACCCGGAGGUUAUCAACUCAUGGGAGCUCAUGGCCGGCCUCGGCGCCGAUAGCUUCCGAUUCUCGCCGCUCCCGCCGCCCAAACCCUUCAACUUUAGAGACCCAAAAACUGCCGGUAAGGAAAACUCCAACCCCAAUCGCGGAAUUUUCAAGUCUCCGAACAACGGCGUUUUCGGCGUGAAGAACGAGGGCCCACUUGACCGGUUCGAGAAGAUAUGCCCUCCGGGCGGAGAAAACAAGGUGGUGGUCUAUACGACGACGUUGCGAGGUGUUCGGAGGACUUUCGAGGCGUGCAACGCCGUUAGAGCGGCGAUAGAAGGACUCGGGGUGAUGAUUGUCGAGCGCGACGUGUCGAUGGAUCGUGGGUUCAGAGAAGAGCUGAGGGAUUUGAUGGACGGGAAAGAGGAGGCAGGGGUGCCUCCAAGGGUGUUUGUGAAGGGGAGAUAUGUGGGUGGGGCUGAGGAGGUGUUGAAGAUUUUGGAGGAGGGUUUGUUGGGUGAGAUUCUUGAUGGGUGUCCAAAGAAAAAAGCUGGGUCUGUUUGUGAGGGGUGUGGGGAGGCCAAGUUCUUGCCCUGUUUUCAGUGCAAUGGGAGUUCAAAGAUGGUGUUGGUGGUCAAGGAAGAAUUGGGUCAGAGGCAGGGGAGCACUGUGGUGGUCAGGUGCCCUGAGUGUAAUGAGAAUGGGUUGGUGCUUUGCCCAAUUUGUAGCUGAACGGUUGACAGAGAUGAGAGAUCUGUUUCAUAUCAGAUUGGGUUUUGUAAACACUUUCUGUCUACCAUAGUAAUUUCUUGUGUUUCUGAUGGAAACCAAAGCUUCUGUGUCUCUUGUUUUCUCUCUGUUUAUAAUUAUGUGUAUGCAUGUUUUGAUAUGUGAAGGUCUUUUAUUCGCUUGAAGCCUUGAACAAUGCAAAGUUUAAAAGACAAACAAUUAGAGAGAUUAGGGACCAGGCUUGUUCAUUUUAGAAAUGUUGAGUUCCAUUAUCUCAAUUGUGCAUUGCUGGUGCAGUGAAAUUGGACAUUGAUGGAGUUCAAAUUACAGGUCAAA